AUGAGCGAGGCGCCAAUCGUUGAACUGACAAGAGAAGGCAACAGUCACCAAAGUGAUUUCAAUGAAGCUCAACGACUGCACUCCGCAUUCGUGGGUGGCCCCUUGGGGUCCGCGUGCAUUGCCGUUUGGUGUCCGGUCGCACGGCGUGUUCGGAAGCAACAGCGGCUGCAGCGGCUGCAGCUGCAGGCGGGGGAGGUGUCAACGAGGCGGCGUCAGCGGUCCACUGCCCCCCACCCCGCGCCGCCGCCGCCGCCGCCGCCGCCGCCGCCGCCACCGUCGCCGCCGCGCCGGCCGAGCCAGCAAGCCGGCCCUCGGCACGCGCUCGCGCCCACGCACACGCCCACGCGCGCGCCCUCGCCCGCGCCCACGCCCGCGCCCCGCCAUGGGCCUCCACAAGCAGUACCUCCGCGUGGGGCAGUGCGCCAAGAACAAGCUGUUCGGCAUCGACCCCAGCCGCGGCCGGCGACCUGCGCGUGCCCAGAACAGCAACGCGUCCACUGUGCAAAUGCUCAUCUCGCAGCAGGGCAAGAUCGACAACGGUCUGAGGAAGAUUCCACCAAGAGUUGA